CUCUGACCCCUCCCCGGGAGGGAGGUGGGCAGAGGCAGCCGAGAGCCUGCAGCAGUGCCUGAGCAGGGACCUGCUCCUGCCAGCCCCCUGUCCCUCCUGCUGGCAGCUCGCAGAAGGUCCCAGCAGCCGGGACGCGCAGCCCGGAGCUCGCCGGCCGGCUCAGCCGAAGCCCUGAGGGCACUCUCCUGUCCGGCUUGCCCCCCAAGGGAGCGACAUGGUGGCCACCUGCCUGCACCUGGCCGGAUUUGUCUGCAGUUUCAUCGGGUGGAUCGGAGUGGUGGUGGCAACGGCCACCAAUGACUGGGUGGUGACUUGCGGCUACACCAUUACCACCUGCAGGAAAAUGGAUGAGCUGGGAUCCAAGGGGCUGUGGGCAGACUGUGUCAUGGCGACAGGUCUCUAUCACUGCAAACCCCUCGUGGACAUCCUCAUCCUGCCAGGGUAUGUCCAAGCAUGUCGAGCACUGAUGAUCGCCGCCUCCGUUCUGGGUCUUCCCGCUAUCUUCUUGCUGAUAACAGUCUUGCCCUGCAUCCGGAUGGGCCACGAGCCUGGAGCUGCCAAGUACCGGCGGUCCCAGCUGGGAGGGAUCCUCAUCAUCCUCCUGGCCAUGUGCGGUGUCGUUGCAACCAUCUGGUUUCCCGUGUGCGCCCACCGUGAGACCACCAUUAUGAGCUUCGGCUACUCCCUGUACACCGGCUGGAUCGGCUCUGCCCUCUGCCUCUUCGGCGGCUGCGUCAUCGUCUGCUGCUCGGGAGAUGCCCAGACAUUUGGUGAAAACCGUUUCUACUAUGCCUCGGGAUCCAGCUCCCCUACCCACGCGAAGAGCGCUCACGUGUAAGGUCCUGGGGAUGUCCCACGGCUGCCGUCGGAUGCUUUGGCUGGUGGGUUUGUGUGCCCUGGGUUUGCUUCUACUGACACACACUGCUGUCAGGCUCCCAGGGGAAGAUUUAGAAAAGCAGCACAACUGUCUGGUAGUUUGAAGCAUUAUUUUCCCCAUCUGUUCCCCUCUUCUCUAGAAAAGAAAGCUCCAGCCAGCCCUACCUCUUGGUCCUUCCCAUUUUGUCCCAUCCACCUGCCCCAUCUUCUUGCAGCCAGGAUGACUCAGAUGGAUUGGGGCUGUCAUGUGGGUUUUAGGGUUUUUAUUUUAUUUUCCAUGCUCCCCUGAUUAUAGGAGAGUUUAAAGCAAUAAAAAAGAAAUGAGAGAGACACUUUCCCGUUGAUAGAAGGACUUUGAUAGCUUCUCCCACCAUGUCACUGUUUGCUUUCCCCUGCUCAAGGUCACUGCUUUGGCAUGGUUUGGGCAAGAGGGUAGGGACGAAGGCUGUGCUCUCCCAGCGGGCAAAUGUUUCUCUUUUGGAACAAGAGCAGGGGAAUUUUUUUCUGCCUUUCUCUGUAAAUACUUUUGUAUGGGUCUGAUCAUUUUAGUAACAGUAUUUCCCCCACCCCGCCCCAGUCAUCAGUAUGAAGGAAACAGAAGCAAAGGGUCCUAAUUACAUGGUAGAUAACAGUGCCUUUUUAUAUAUUUUAAAGUGACUUUGGGGGCUCUAAUCCCCGCACUCUCUUUUGGUUUGUUUUGUUUUCCUUUGUACAGGUCAGUUACUAAAAAUGUAUUUUUACAUUUUUUUUAAAUCCUUGCUUUCUUCCUCUAAAUUUGUGUUCUGUCUUGCAUCGUUAAAGUAGCACAUUUUAACACUCAGUAUAACAUACCUGUUACGAUACAAUUCUGGUGAAUACUGAUGAUGCCUUUGUACUUUCAGUGAAAUACUGUACAAUAAAUAACAGUACCUGCAA